CUUUUUUCUUGUGGCUAGGAAAGUUGAGUCUGCCCUUUCGUUCUAAGCACCUCUGCGACUCUCGGACAGGUCAUUCAUCGACGAUGCUUCGCCGACAAGCCCGCGAGCGGCGAGAGUACAUCUACAAGAAGUCGCUGGAGGCGAAAGAGCACGCUCUAUUUGAGCGCAAGCAAAAAGUGCGCCAGCUUCUGGCGCAGGGAAAGCCAAUCCCCAAGGAGCUUCGAGACGAUGGCGACCUCAAGAGCCUGGCACGCGACCUGCCCGUUGAUGAGGCGCAGGCCGAGCCGGGCACGAGCAUCGACGACGAGUACGGACGGGCGGGGCAGUACGAUCCGCGGGUGCUUCUGACGACGUCGAGGGAUCCGUCCUCGAGGUUGACGCAGUUUGCAAAGGAGGUCAGGCUCGCCAUCCCAAACAGCACCCGGCUCAACCGCGGUGGCUACACCGUCCAGGAGCUCGCCGCUGCCUGCCGAUCCAAUGGCAUCACCGAUCUCGUUGUUGUGCACGAGCACCGAGGUGUGCCCGAUGCCCUCGUCGUCUCGCACUUUCCCCACGGACCCACGCUCCUCUUUACCCUGCACAACGUCACGCUCCGCCACGAGGUGGCGGCCCACGCAGCCUCAACGGUCAGCGAGCAAUACCCGCAUCUCAUCUUUGACGGCUUCUCGAGCAAGCUGGGUCAGCGCGUCAUGAGUGCCCUCCGCUUCCUCUUCCCCGUCCCCAAGGAAGACGCAAAGCGGGUCAUGACGUUCCGAAACGAGCGUGACUUUAUCAGUUUCCGGCACCAUGUCUUUGUCAAGACGUCGCACCGUGAGGUCCAGCUCGCAGAAGUCGGCCCCCGAUUCGAGAUGCGGCCGUACGAGAUCCGCCAGGGCACGCUGGAGCAGUCCGAGGCAGACGUCGAGUGGCAGCUGAGGCCAUUCAUGAACACGGCCAGGAAGCGCAACCAGCUGUAGAACUAUUGCUUUGUCUUUUUCUUACCAACGCACAUGUACUUGUAUCUUCGACCCUUCAAUCCACCAUCGCAUGCUGAGCUUAGGGGACUGAACAUAAUACAGAUUGAUGAAGGCAGAGGCUAUUCGACUGUACAUUGAACUACCCCAAAAGGCCGAGAACCUUAGAUGAGGAGGCGCUCGAUCUGCAGAAAGGAGGAGAAAGAGAGGAUCAGCGUCGUCAUCCA